GGGUAAGUGUCACAUUAUUACCUCUUCAAUUGGCACAUACACUCUUUUAAGAACGUUUUUUAGGAAAAAUACUAUUAUGAUGAAUGAAAAUAUCUGCCUUCUUUACUCAAUCUUUUCUAAAACAAAAUAAUCAGUCUGUUUUGUGCUUAAAUGACCAAUUUGCAUAGCAAUUUGAUUAUGGAAUCCUUUCAUUAUUUUUCCUACAUUGUAAAGAGAUGUCAUAUUUUCAUUUAAUGAACUGCACUAAGUGAGAAUUGCACUGACUGCUUUUAAAUUUUUGCUUAAAAUGUACAGUGCAUUUAAACUGAUGUAUAACUCCAUGGUACUGAUUGUGGCCUAAAUAAUGGAUGUGGGUGCAGUGAGAGAGUAAGCUGUUAUAUGAUAUGUGAACAGACUGCCAGCAUGUCUACAGGCUGCGUGAGGUCACUCUCAGAGACAGCAGAGCACAGUCUCAACAAGCAGGAGCAUCCCUAUGAGGACACAGAGAUGGACAGUCAGAAGCUCAGAAGCUCAGAGGACAGUCAGCAAGAAGAACUGGGACAAAAGAAACCACGCAGGAAAGACACGCCUGUGCUCAACUCCCCUCCUCUCAUACCAGGGGUAAGGUUAAUGAAAGGGGAAACACGUCUGAUUCACUUGGAAGAUGAAGAAAAGGAGACAAAGAAAUAG